UAUAUCGAUUCAUGUGUUACGAAAUCCUAUUAAACGAUAGGUCUAUUUUGUACCUUGUUUAUAGUGAAAUAGGUAUACAUACAUAGGUCGGAAAAUAUAAAUGCCUGAACAGUCGAGAUUCGUAAUUAUAUGUCGAUUGACGAAAGUCGAAUUUCAACUGUUUCGAGAGCGAGAAGGAAACGCUUAUAUUCGCUUUUUUUCUCAAAUUUUCAAAGCUGUGAAACACAGAAAUUGUUGCAUACGUGGGCUGUGAUUAGUGUGUGCAAGUGGUCAGUUUCCUUUUGGGCACCGAUCUGCCGUCUGGUGUACCGGUGUAACCUAGUCUGUGGUUCUAGAUACCGCCAUUUUGUAUCUGGAAAGGUGUUCGAAACGUGCAUCAACGUGUACAUACCUGCAUUCAAAAACAGUAUAGAAUAGUAUUUAUUUGAAAUGUUAUUGAAAACUUUUGUUUAAUACGACAAAAAAAAUAUAGAAAUUUAUGGGAGAGAUGACACGACAAAAGACUAUUAUGACACAGAUACAAUUGGUGGAGAAUGUUUUGAAAGAGUCUAUGUACAGGGUCGAUGUACUUCAGAAAAGACUUGAUUCAAAACUAUUGACAACGGAAAGUCGCGAACAGUUGGAGGCGGAAUUAGAAGAAGUUAAGAAGGUACUUAAAAGAAAUGCUGAUGAAAUACAAAACUUAAGAAAGCAGAACACAAAGUCGUUUAUGGUUGUAGCCAGUUUAGUUUUUGCAUGUUUUCUGCUUUAUGGAUUAUAUUUAAUGCUUUAUGAUAAAAUAUGAUUAAACAUUUUUUAUUGUAAUUGUGUUAUUAAUUUUAUGAUCAUCGAUUGCCACCACAUCAUAAAACAAAUUACUUUUUGUUGAACAAUGUCCUUUUAUAUGCUACAUA